AUAAAUUUUUCUUCCUCAAAAAAAAAAAAAAAAACUCAAAUUUCCCAUAAAAACAGCCUCAUAAUCUCAUAUUCUCUAGAUUAUAUAGUCUCUUCUGUGUCUGUUUCUCUCUCUUGGUGUCUUCCUCAUCAUCCUCUUCUGCCUCUGCUUUUCUCUCUCCUAAAGUUGAUAAUGUAAACACUGAUAUCUCAAAAACAACUGGCUUUUAAACUCUAAAAUCUUCAAAGAAAAACACACCAUUUUUUUUUGAACCCACAAAAAAUGGCUUAUACUAGCACUACUUUAGUGUUAUUUGCCUUCCUAAUUUCACUAUUAGUGAACUUAUCUUCAGCUGGAGAUGCAUUUGUUUACUAUGAUUUUGAAGUAUCCUACAUUACUGCUUCUCCAUUGGGUGUUCCUCAGCAGGUCAUUGCUAUAAAUGGUAAAUUUCCUGGACCUCCUAUGAAUGUAACUACUAACAACAAUGUAGUUGUCAAUGUGCACAACAAAUUGGAUGAAGAACUUUUAAUGACUUGGGCUGGUAUAUUUCAGAGAAGAACUCAUUGGCAAGAUGGAGUUUUGGGAACUAAUUGCCCAAUUCCUCCAAAGUGGAAUUGGACUUACCAAUUUCAAGUUAAGGAUCAAAUUGGAAGUUUCUUUUACUUCCCUUCUACCAAUUUCCAAAGAGCUUCUGGUGGUUAUGGAGGUAUAAUCAUCAAUAAUCGUCCAGUUAUUCCGAUUCCAUUCGCGCUGCCGGAGGAAGAUAUUGUUAUCAUGAUUGGAGAUUGGUUCACCAAGAGCCACUCAGAUUUGAGGAAAACUCUUAAUGGAGGGAAAUCUCUAGGAAUGCCAGAUGGUGUUCUUAUUAAUGGAAAGGGUCCUUACAGAUAUAAUGACACUCUUGUUCCUGAUGGCAUUGAUUAUGAGACUUUUAAUGUUCAUCCAGGAAGGACUUACCGUUUACGUGUACACAAUGUCGGAAUCUCAACUAGCUUAAACUUCAGAAUCCAGAGCCACAAUCUGCUUUUAGCUGAAACUGAGGGAUCCUACACUGUGCAGCAAAACUACACUAGCUUGGACAUACAUGUUGGACAAUCUUACUCAUUCUUGCUCACCACGGAUCAGAAUGCCAGUUCUGAUUACUAUGUAGUGGCCAGUGCUCGGAUGGUCAAUGAAACAACUUGGCGAAGAGUUACUGGUGUUGGAAUCUUGCAUUACUCAAAUUCCAAAGGUAAGGCACACGGGCACCUCCCUGAGCCACCACAGGAUCAAAAUGACAAGACUUUCUCCAUGAACCAGGCCAGAUCGAUCAGGUGGAAUGUGUCUGCUAGUGGUGCCCGUCCUAACCCACAAGGUUCCUUUAAAUACGGUUCCAUAAAUGUGACCGAUCUUUUUCUCAUACAAAACAAGCCACCAGUGAGAAUCAACGGGAAAAAACGCACCACUCUCAAUGGGGUUUCAUUUGUCAAUCCUUCCACACCAAUGAGGCUUGCUGAUAAGCACAAACUGAAAGGUGUUUAUAAGAUGGACUUUCCCCAUAGGCCCUUGACAGGAGCCCCUCGCAUGGAAACAUCAAUUAUUAAUGGUACUUACAGGGGAUUUCUGGAGAUUAUUCUUCAAAACAACGAGACCAGGGUCCACACUUAUCACCUUGAUGGAUACAACUUUUUCGUGGUCGGAAUGGAUUACGGUGAGUGGUCAGAAAACAGUAGAGGAACAUACAACAAAUGGGAUGGAAUUGCUCGCACCACAGCACAGGUUUAUCCUGGGGCUUGGACUGCUAUCUUGGUUUCACUCGACAACGUUGGUGUCUGGAAUUUGAGAACCGCAAAUCUUGACUCGUGGUAUCUUGGACAAGAAACCUAUAUCAGGGUGGUCAAUCCAGAAACCGCUGGCAAUCCACAGUUGGCAUUGAAAACUGAGUUGCCUGUUCCCGACAAUGUCCUUUUUUGUGGUGCACUCAAGAAGCUGCAGAAGCCUCAAGACAUCUCUUCUGCAGCAAACAGUCCCAUUCAGCUCAUCUUUACGCUGUUGAUGAUAUGCGCGGCGAUUUUCCAUCUCCAUUGAGGUGUUAUAGCCUGGAUGGGAAUGAGAUUGUUUACUGUUAAGAAGCAUGGAUUAUUGUUGGUGAGAAUUGGUCCUAGAGUCUGAGUGUCUUUUAGGUUUGUCAAUAUGGAUAUCCACAAUUUCUACGGCACUUUAUUAUUUAGUUUUUGUAGCUCAUCCCUUUCUUAUAUUCUUGAUGCUCCCAAAUUCUCCAUGUAGCCUAAUUUGUGAGAGUUAAUUAUUCUUUUUUUAUUUUCAACCAUUUAUUUAUCAAAUGUAAUCAUGACUAUCUAUUUGUUAAAUGUCAAUACUCGAGAGUUCAUCUUCUUA